AUGGGUUCACAGCAUCAAGACUUCAUCAAGAUUCCCGUAGCAGAGGGCAGCCGCCAGACUGCGCCAGUAGACCAAUCGAAGCGGCUAGCUGCAUCAGAGAUCAAGAUCGAAGUUGCUGAGGAAAAAGAUGCCUUUCAAAUAGCCAAAGGCGUCUACACUUGUUUCCCCGAAUCCUCGAUGGAAAAGAAAGAGCCCCUACAUCUGCGUCCAGCAACCAAAGACAUCCGCAUUCAGCGUCUAUCAAGAAGAAUCCAUCCCUCCUUCACCCAGCCUGGCAUGCACUGGAUCAAAGCCAUCCACAUUCCGACCAGCACCAUCAUCGGCGCCGCAGCCUGGGCCGACCCCACACUUCCUGUGCACAAUGUCUUCCGGAGUUCUGCAUUCACUUUCUACGGCUGGAAAGAGAAGAUGGGCUGGUCAGACGCUGAGGUUGAUGAACUCUUCGCUCACAUUGAUGACCAGGCUUGGAGUGGCGGUCUUGAGAAAGACGAUGAGAUCAGGGGUCAGGUGUUGAGUGAGCCGCAUUGGUAUCUUGCACUGCUUAUCACGUGA